CAGCAUGCGGGAUUUAUUAUCGUUUAGUCAGGAAGUUAAAGUCUAAUAAAAUUGAAUGCCUUUUCGUGAAUAUUUUGAACUCUGGUUGAAUAUUUUACCCUGACCGUGUACGACAUCAAAAAUGAAACAAAAGAUUUGUUCCGAUCUUCUAACUUGAGUGAAGUGAGCUCCUCGGACCCGAGUGCGGUGAAACAUGAUGAUGGAGGCUCACGGUCCGGACUUUCUGAACUCCCCUCCGACCAAGACGGUCAGGUUUGGAGGCAGUGUAACCGAGACCCUAAAGAAACACAGACAGGGAGAUCUGGGUGAUUAUGAACUGCUGAGACAUCAGCUGGCUGAUCCUGAUAUAAAGGACGCUCAGAUCGUCAACUGGCUGCAGGAGUUUCGAAGCUGUAUGACCCAGCUGACGAAGGACCAUGAGCAGCUCAUUUACACAGUACUGAGACUUCCUUGGGUUGGCCGUAGCCAGGUUGUGGUGGAGGAGUACCUGGCCUUCCUUGGUAACCUUGUGUCAGCUCAGACUGUCUACCUGUGUACCUGUCUAAAGAUGGUGGUCUCCCACUUUAUUCCCAAGCGAGUCACCAUCAGUGAGGGAGGAGUUAAUAUCUCUGAUUCAGAUGAUGAAGAUGAGAAUCUCAACAAAAACUUUGACCAGUGUCACCAGGCGCUGCAGCUCAUCAUCAGAUAUGUUCCCUCAACAAGUCACUUUCUUAUUCCCAUUCUGCAAGACAACUUUCCCUUCAUACAGAAAUCCUCCAGAACUCUGGAGUGUUAUGUCCACAACCUUCUGAGAGUGACGAUGUACAUACCAUCAAUUCGCAGAGAUGUGUUGGAGCUGGUUGUAGGAAAGUUGCUCAAACUGGAUGUGAGUGCAUCUCGGACAGCUAUAAUGGAGGCAGAGGAGAUCGCAGCUCAGGGUCAGGAGGCAAAUGAGCAUCUGGAAGAGGGACUCUUUGACAUGGAUGAGGACAUGUCGACAGACCAGCCAACCAGUACKUGUGUGAUGGCCCAUCCUGUGGCUCAGAGGCUGGACACACUCAUGGCUGUGCUCAUGGCGUACAUCAAAGACGUCUGUCAUGUGGACGGUGUGUUUAAUGCUGAAAGAACAAAGGAGCUGUACAAAGAUUUCUUGAGUGUGUUUGAUAAGCUCAUUCUUCCGACACACGCCUCCUCUCAUGUCCAGUACACAGUGUUUUACCUCUGCAGCUUCAAACUG